AUGAUCCACACUGGGAAAUGGGUUUGUGAGUGUGGGGAGUGUGGGAAGGGCUUCAGAUGCAGCUCUGCCCUUGUAAACCACCAGCGAAUUCCUACCAAGAAGAAGCCCUUCCACUGCCCUGACUGUGGGAAGGGCUUCAACUGCAACUCCAAGCUCAUCAUCCACCAGCGCAUCCACACUGGAGAGAGGCCCUACCAGUGUCCUACGUGUCAGAAGAGGUUUCACACCAGCUCCAAUCUCCUCCUGCAUGAGCGGAUUCACACAGAUGAGAGGCCCUUCCGCUGCCCUGAUUGCGGGAAGGGCUUCAACCGCAAAUCCACCCUCAUCACCCACCAGCGCAUCCACACUGGGGAGAGGCCCUACGAGUGUCCCUGGUGUGGGAAGAGCUUCUCAGACCGCUCAUUCUUUAACCGACACCAACGGAGGCACCGGUAA